UUAAGGGAUAACCAGAGGUACACGUCUCAAAUUCACCAUAAUCAAGCAGAACCUGCUGGUGGUGAUCUCUGAAAUUGCUCAGUGAGCACACCUAAUUAACCUGAUUUUUUGCUGAUAAUCAUUCUCAAUGGAAUCAAAUCAAAAAUCCGGGGAAGGAUUGGCCGCAACUCAGAAGGAAGCCGCACUGCGUGCAUUGAUUCAGCGCACAGGAUAUAAUUUGACGCAGGAAAAUGGCCAGAGAAGAUAUGGAGGUCCUCCUCCAGGAUGGGAUGGUCUACCUCCAGAACGAGGCUGUGAGAUCUUCGUUGGCAAACUUCCUCGUGAUCUUUUUGAGGAUGAACUCAUACCAUUAUGUGAAAAGAUAGGGAAAAUCUAUGAAAUGAGAAUGAUGAUGGACUUCAAUGGAAAUAAUAGGGGGUAUGCAUUUGUAACCUUCACCAACAGACAGGAUGCCAAGAAUGCAAUUAAACAACUAAAUAAUUAUGAAAUUCGAAAUGGGAGACUUCUGGGGGUCUGUGCCAGUGUAGACAACUGCAGGUUGUUUGUUGGUGGCAUCCCAAAGACCAAGAAGAGAGAAGAAAUUUUAGUGGAAAUGAGGAAAGUAACAGAUGGUGUUACUGAAGUGAUUGUCUACCCCAGUGCUGCAGAUAAAUCUAAGAAUCGUGGAUUUGCCUUUGUAGAGUAUGAAAGUCACCGUGCUGCAGCUAUGGCCAGGCGGAAAUUGUUACCAGGGCGCAUUCAAUUAUGGGGUCAUCCAAUCGCAGUGGACUGGGCAGAACCAGAGGUUGAAGUUGAUGAAGAUACAAUGUCAUCAGUUAAGAUUCUUUAUGUCAGAAAUCUCAUGUUAACAACAGCGGAGGAGACGGUAGAGAGAGAAUUCAAUAACAUUAAACCAGGUUCAGUUGAACGGGUGAAGAAAAUUAGAGAUUAUGCCUUUGUACACUUUAACAAUCGCAAUGAUGCUGUUGACGCCAUGAAUGCUUUAAAUGGCAAGAUUAUAGAUGGAUCUCCCAUAGAAGUUACCUUGGCUAAGCCAGUAGACAAGGACAGUUAUGUGAGGUAUACCAGGGGAACAGGAGGAAGAGGAGGUGCCAUACAAGGAGAAUAUACUUAUACCAUUGGCCAUGUCUAUGAUCCAAACACAGCCUAUCUUGGAGCUCCUGUCUUCUAUGCUCCACCUCCAUAUGCUGCAACGAUCCCAAGUAUUCCUUUCCCCCCAGCAAAGGGCUAUGUCAGCAACCGUGGCCUCAUCCGUCCUCCUUCAGUCAGAGAAAUUUACAUGAGUGUACCUGUAGGGGCUGCGGGAGUUAGAGGACUGGGAGGUCGGGGAUACCUGGCAUACACUGGCCUGGGCCGCGGCUGCUUUGGAUACCAAAUGAAAGGAGACAAGCGGGGAGAUGAGAAACUUUAUGACAUUUUGCCAGGAAUGGAGCUAACACCAAUGAGUGCUUUAAAGCCACAAGCCAUCAAACCUGCACCACAGGUGCUGGAGGAAAUCUGUCAAAAAAAUAACUGGGGUCAGCCAGUAUACCAACUGCACUCUGCAAUCGGUCAAGACCAGAGACAACUGUUUCUAUAUAAAAUCACCAUUCCUGUCCUUGCUAGUCAGAACCCUGCUAUCCACCCAUUUACUCCUCCAAAACUUUGCAUAUCUGUGGAUGAAGCAAAAAACUAUGCAGCAGAGUAUACACUUCAGACCUUAGGAAUCCCAACAGAGACAGCUGAGCCACCAGCAGCCUUUGCCGGAUAUGCCAUAGCUAGCUCACCAGCUGCAGUGGCUGCUGCCACCCAACUGAAGCAAGCAGUCGCCUUGGGACAAGACCUUGCCGCUUAUGCCACCUACGAAGCCUAUCCGGCUUUUGCUUUAGCAGCUCGAGGAGAUGCAUAUGCUACAUUUUAAGGAUUACAUCGCCUCCAGUUAAGCCCUCCUGUAUGUGGUGAACGUGAAUGAAAUCUGAGGUUUUCCUUUAAUGUGAUGUCA